GCCACGUUUGACACGUUGGCUUAUAAAAUAUUAAUAUGUGUGAACUUUUUGAUUAUAAAAUGUAGCAAAAACUAGCAAUAAGAUAGUUAUCCUUACCGACAGACAUCCCACACUCACUCUCCCACUUAGUAGUGAUGGCUGAGAUUGAUUUGGAAUGGCCAAAGAAAGACAACCGUCGUUUGCUUCAUGUUGUUUAUCGUGUUGGUGACCUUGAACGCACCAUUAAGUUUUAUACUGAGGCUCUUGGGAUGAAACUUUUGAGGCAGAGAGAUGUUCCUGAGGAGAAAUAUGCCAAUGCUUUUCUUGGAUUUGGCGAUGAACAAUCCCAUUUUGUUGUUGAAUUAACAUAUAAUUAUGGGGUGACUUCGUAUGAUGUUGGAGAUGGCUUUGGACAUUUUGCAAUUGCAACUCAAGAUGUUUACAAAUUGGUUGAGCACAUUCGUGCUAAAGGUGGAAACAUCACAAGGGAGGCUGGUCCAGUUCAAGGUGGGACAACUGUUAUUGCCUUUGUGAAGGAUCCUGAUGGCUACACUUUUGCACUUGUUCAAAGACCUAUAGUUCACGACCCAUUCUGUCAAAUAAGUCUCCGCGUUGGUGAUUUAGAACGUGCCAUAAAGUUUUAUGAAAAGGCUUUGGGCUUGAAGGUGGUGAGGAAGGUUGAUAAUCCUGAGAACAAGUACACUAUUGCUAUACUUGGGUAUAAAGAGGAGGACGACGCAACUGUGUUGGAGUUGACAUAUAAUUAUGGUGUCACCGAAUACUCUAAGGGAACUGCUUAUGCACAGAUUGCUGUUGGUACUGAUGAUGUCUACAAGAGUGCUGAUGUAGUCAACCUAGUAACGCAAGAGCUUGGAGGGAAGAUCACUCGGCAACCAGGGCCAAUUCCCGGCCUUAACACAAAAGUCGUUUCUUUUUUAGAUCCAGAUGGAUGGAAAACUGUGUUAGUUGACAAUGAAGAUUUCCUGAAGGAACUGGAGUGAAGAGCGAGCUAACAAGAAAUAAGUAGCAGUCCUAGGUAGUGACACUAGGGUAGUGCUUGUGUGAACAAUAAAACGGUCUCGCAAUGUUUAUCGACGAUCAAUUAUGUUUAUUAUCGUGUUUACUUUCAUGUGGUUGUGUAAUAAUCUAUUUUAAAGCACACUUAACACACUCCUUCUGCAUGUUAAUCUACUACUAUUAUUAAUCUUUUGAUUUAUGAUCUGUCA